UCAUUUUACAUAGAUUAUUUUAUGUUGGAAUCUUUUAUAUUUUGUUUUUAAUAAAAUAAAAAAUGAUGGAAAAUGAGUUCGUUCGUGUUUAUUAAUUCAAUAACAACAGACAAGUUGAUUAUUUUUAAAUCGGGUCAUUUCGUGAGGUGAUACAACUCGGUUUCAUUGAUUAAUUCGACUGAAUUCUCAAGAUUCGUAGUGUUUCAUUAAUGAAAUAAUCGGAGCUGCUUCAUUAUGAUCUUUCUUCUUAUCAGUGAAAGCACGCGUAUUUGUGGUAAAAUUAAUAAAUUUGCGAAUAUUCGAACACUGUCUUCGACUUAAGAGCUCGACAAUAUUAUAGCAUCGUUAGCGAUUAAACAUUUCUACAUAAAUCUCAUUGCUGGUCUUAUCUGAGUGAAAUAUGUGAGCCUUGAAUUGGAAUUGAUUUAAAUAUGAUGCCAAACUAUGCGUAUACAAGAUAGAGAGGUUGUAAGUGCACCAUGCGUCGGUACUGUGGAAACGAAAGAUGUGAACGGGGCAUCUAUACCGGCUACUGAAAUAAAAACCGAGAUAAAAACAGAAAUAAAAUCCGAAAUCAAUGACGCUUCGCAUUCGAAUGGUAUAUUGAGCCCACCUACAACGCCUUCGACUACUACACCUUCUGAGAAUGAUUACGCUCCCAAUGGACCUGGUUCAGGGAGAUUUAAGUUUUUUAAAGAUGGCAAAGUUAUUCUGGAACUUUGGCAUCAUAAAAAUGGAGAAAGGAUGUUCUGGAUACCAGUGUCAAAAAAUUCCACAUUUUGGCCUCCAACUGGCCAUUGCACUCCGCGUCAAGAAAGUUCUACCUCAUUAAGUGUUUCUGAUGAUAAUUCAUCGAUUCAGUCUUCUCCAUGGCAGCGAGACCAUUUCUGGAAGCAAACGGUACCUAGAAAAAAUGUAAAUCGUGGAUUAGAAUUCUCAUGGGUUGCCCGUAAACGUAAAAUGAGAUUUUCAUCGUUAGCGAUCCGUCGUAAAAGGCGAAGACCUUACGAUCUGGUGAAAAUCGAAUCGGAUGAAAUAUUCAAGGAGGAUAGUUCGUCGCGUAAAUUCGGCUCGAGUAUAAAGAGAAAAUUAAUCGAUGUAAUUCAAAAAUUAUCAGAGCGUAGAAGUUACGAAAACGCGACCAGUUCGUGUCGCACAGAUCCCGGCAUCGUAUCGCCUCGCAAACGAAUUCUCAAAGAAUUCGAAAAAGUAUCAUUAGAAGAGAUGGGUAACACCAGUAAGAAGCAUCAAGCUCGAACCGUUGCUUCAAGCGUCUCGGCCAGCGCUGUGAGCAUAUUAUCCGGGAGCGUUUCGAGUCCUGUUGCUAAUGCAUCGGUCACUGCCAUUUCUAGUAAACCUGCAAAUAAUCACAGUAUUACUUCGAUCCUGUCGAGAGACGAGGAACCUUCUUUUUUACGCAAUUUAUUAAAGUCUCCAAACGAGUCGUCAUCCGAAUCGAAACCCUCAUUUACCGCCGAAUCGCCAUCCAGCGCUGAUAUUCGAAUCGCUUCCUCUCGUCCCAGUCAUUGCUCUACUCCAAUAUCUGCCUCCCUUUCACCGCCGUAUCCUAAAAAUGUACUUUAUCCUCAGCCCAUUCCUUCGUAUAUUCCGCCUACAUAUUUACAUCAUUCUACUCAACCAUUUCUCACUUCGCCUCCGAUGUCCAAUCAUCCUCCUUAUUACAGCGCUUUUUCGUCGACAUAUCGCGAUCCUUCUGUGUGGUCAAUGCCUUCCGUAUCUAGUCUUCCUAGGCAAUCUGUUUAUCCGGCGGCCAGCGUAUCAUCGUAUCCACCGAUAAGCCUUUCACCGUACGUACCCGUUGCCCAUUCUUCUUUCCAAAGUUACUCAGUUACGGAAAAUGGAAAUGAUGCUCCAUUAAAUUUAUCAAAACAUUGAAAACAUGUAAGUCAGUGUAACGUUUUUAUAAUAAACAGAAACUUCGUGCCUUUUUCUCUUUUUUUUACUAAUCGUUUUUAAAUACGUUUAAAAAAAGGUACAAUUAAUAAGAACAUUACGGCAUAGUAUUUUUGUAUUUUAUUACUGUAAAUUGUUGCUAAAUGUUUCCUAUUGUUAUAUUUGUAAAUAUUUGAAAAUGUAUAUUCGCUUCAUCAAAUUUUACAUUAUAUUGUAUAGUAUCAUUUUUGUCUUGACGGAAAAAAAAUAGUACUCUCGUGACGUACGUAUCGAUUUUUAUUUAUUUUUUUCUACAAAUUUUCGUAGCUGUGAUUUUUAAAAGUUUUUUUUUGACAACAUUUUUUUUUUUCAUUUUUCUAGAACAUUUUAUUUAAUUGUUCAAUUUAUUAUUAUUUUUUUACGUUUUACCCAUCCCAUAUGUAUUUUAUAAACAUUAUUAUCGACAAGUUUAUACGAAUGUAGUUCAUUAAGUACAUAUAUGUGUUUACAGUAAUUUUAAUGUGUUCAACAUUAUUUGUAUCAUUUUACAGAGCUAAAACAUAGAUCUUGUACGUUUUUUUAUCUUUUAAUAUUUUUGUUGUAAAUUAUUAUUCGAUUGUACUAACACAUUUCUUAAAACUAUACACUGACUGCUAAAAUACAUACUCGUAAUGUUCAUAGAUUAACUUUUUAAUAAAAUAUUUUUUAUAAUGUA